AUGUCCCGGUCGCUGGCUUUUGUCCUUAAUGUCCCUGAGACCCCACAGGACCCAGAGGACAGCCAGGAGCCCAGCCCCUAUGAUGAGAGCGAAGUGCACGACUCUUUCCACCAGCUCAUUCAGGAGCAGAGCCGCUGGGUGGCCGAGGAGGGGCUGGAGCUGCAGCAGAGGGUGCUCGGGGCUGGAGCCCUGGGGGCCUCAGGCAGUGACCGCCAGGCCUUGCUGGGGCCCGAGGGCGCCCCUGUCUACAGCACGGCCACACUCCGCAUCUUGGCCAGCAUGCCCAGUCGCACCAUUGGCCGGAGCCGCGGCGCCAUCAUCUCCCAGUACUACAGCCGCACAGUGAGGCUGCGCCGCAGGGCCGGCCGGCCUCAGCUCAGAGAUGUGAGCCGCUCAGCCCGGCCCAGCCUCCGCCUGUACGACCUGGAGCUGGACCCUGCGGUCCUGGAGGAGGAUGAGAAGCGGGGCCUCCUGGUGAAGGAGCUUCAGGGCCUGACGGUGGCCCAGCGGGACCACAUGCUCCGGGGGAUGCCGCUGAGCCUGGCCGAGAAACGCUGCCUGCGAGAGGAGAGCCGGCCCCCGAGGGGCAAGCGGAGGGCCCGGGGGCGCCAUGGGCUCCUCUCCUGCUGCAGCCGGCUGCGCGACAGCUGUAUCCUGGCGUCGCACAACCUGGGGCUCGCGCUGCUCUCGGGGCUGCAGGCCCGGAGGCCCUGGCACUACGCCCUGAAGCGGAUCGGGGGCCAGUUCGGCUCCAGCGUUCUCUCCUACUUCCUCUUCCUCAAGACCCUGCUGGCCUUGAACACGCUGCUGCUGCUGCCACUGCUGGCCUUUAUCGUGGCCGUGCAGGCCGCCUUCCCGCCUGCGCCCUCGGGCUCCGUGCCCGCCUUCAGGGGCCUGGAGCUUCUCACGGGCGGGGGCCGCUUCACCCACACCGUCAUGUACUACGGCUACUAUAGCAACGCGACGCUGAACCAGCCGUGUGCCUCCCCACUGGAUGGCGAUGGCGGCCAGUGCACGCCUGAGGCGGGCGGCCUGUCCUACAACAUGCCCCUGGCCUACCUCUUCACCGUGGGGGUCGUUUUCUUUAUCACCUGCAUCACUCUGGUGUACAGCAUGUCCCGCUCUUUUGGGGAGAGCUACCGGGUAGGCAGCACUUCGGGGGUCCACGCCGUCACUGUGUUCUGUUCCUGGGACUACAAAGUGACUCAGAAAUGGGCCAGCCGCCUCCAGCACGACAAUAUCCGAACCCAGCUGAAGGAGCUGCUGGCCGAAGGGCAGCUGUGGCAGCGCCCCCCGAGGGCGUGCGGACGGCUGCGGCAGGCGGCCGUGCUGGGGCUCGUUUGGCUGCUGUGUUUGGGGACCACGCUGGUGUGCGCCCUGGCUGUAUACACCUUCUCAGAGCUCGUGAUCCAGAGCCACGGGCCUGCCGAGCGGGACGGGGCGCUGCUGGCCCUGCCCCUGGUGGUCUGCCUUCUCAACUUGGGGGCCCCCUACCUGUUCCGCGUCCUGGCCAUCCUGGAGUGGCACGACUCCCCGGUGCUAGAGGUGUACGUGGCCAUCUGCAGGAACCUCAUCCUCAAGGUGGUCACCCUGGGUAUUCUUUGCUACCACUGGCUGGGCCGCAGGGUGGGCACCCUGAAGGACCAGUGCUGGGAGGACUUUGUGGGCCAGGAGCUGUACCGGCUCAUGGUGAUGGACUUCAUCUUCACGCUGCUGGACACGCUUCUGGGGGAGCUGGUGUGGAGGCUCAUCUCUGAGAAGAGGUCUCAGAGGAAGGGGAAGCCUGAGUUCGACAUUGCGGGGAAUGUUCUGGAGCUGAUUUACGGGCAGACCCUGACCUGGCUGGGGGUCCUCUUCUCCCCGCUCCUGCCCGCCGUGCAGAUCAUCAGGCUGCUGCUCCUCUUCUACGUCAAGAAGACCAGCCUGAUGGCCAACUGCCAGGCACCCCGCAGGCCCUGGAAGGCCUCCCACAUGAGCACUGUCUUCAUCUCGCUGCUCUGCUUCCCCUCCUUUCUGGGCGCUGCCGUCUUCCUCUGCUACGCCAUCUGGCAGGUGAAGCCCUCGAGCGUCUGCGGCCCCUUCCGGACCCUGGACACCAUGUAUGAGGCAGGCAAGGUGUGGGUGCGCCACCUGGAGGAGGCGGGCCCCAGGGUCUCCUGGCUGCCCUGGAUCCACCGGUACCUGGUGGAAAGUGCCUUCCCCGUCUACUUGGCAUCGGCUCUGCUGCUGGCCGUGAUCUACCUCAACAUCCAGGUGGUGAAGGGCCAGCGGAAAGUCAUCUGCCUCCUCAAGGAGCAGCUAAGCAACGAGGGGGAAGACAAAAUCUUCUUAAUCAACAAGCUUCAGCGUAUCUAUGAGAGGAAGGAGAGGAGCAGGGUUGGUAGAACCGAGGAGGCCGUGAUGCCCCCGGCCGUAUUCACAGACGACUGGGAUGCCCAGCUGCUCUCCUUGCCAGGCCAGGGCCCUGCGGCCUACCAGAUGCCCGAGGGGCCUCCUCUGGUGCCAGGCUCCCCACGAAGCAGACUCUGUGCGGCUUCAGUGUUGAGCGCAGGGCGCCCUCUUCUGGCCCAGCCCCCGAUGGCAGGGAUGGACCGCGCUGCAGCUUCAGGCGCUGCCCUGCCAGCCUGUGCCAUGCGGGACAAAUCAGGCAGGAUUCCUGGGCCUGUUGUGGCUGGUCCCAGCCAGGAGGUGCUUAAGGACCUCUACGAGUAG